AUGACAACAUCCGAAUCCUCCAAAUUCUUCACCCAAGACUGGACCAUAACCAUUCCCACACACCCCCACCUCCGUUUCAUUCGACUCAUCCCCAGCCGCUACAACCACCUAAUCUGCAUCCUCAGUAACCCCCUCAACGACCCCAACAAUCGUCUCCCCACCGACACCAGCUGGUCACCCUCGGACACCUCCUCUCUCAUCCAAACCUUCAGCACCCGCUACCACGCCUCCAAAACCGGCCACAACGCCCUCGUACUCCUCAUUGAAGAAGAUGCUCAGAUUAUCGGAAUUGGACUCAUGCAUGAAAUAGAACACCAGCCGCGUCUCGCUAAUAUCGGGUUGAUACUCGAGGAGAUAGGCAGAAGUCAUGGGGUAGGUAGUAUCACGAUGCAAGUUUUGUUGAGGCUGAGUAAUGAGCUGGAGGUGGAUAAGGUGGAGGCGGGGACUAUGAAGGGGAAUGUGGGUAUGAGGAGGUUGAUGAGGGGAUUGGGGUGUCAGGAGGUGGAGGAGGAGAAAAUUAUGCCUGGGGGGAGGAGGGUGGCAGAUGUUAUGUUUGGGGAUAUUGAGAGGGGGAGGUGGAGGGAUUUGGAGAUUGAGGUGCAGUUUUUGGGGGUGGUGGAUUGA